UGGACAUGUUAAAUUCUUCCCCUUUCACACUGAAAGACAAAUUUACCAGUCACUCCACUCACAAUUUCUGUCCGCAGGGCGCAGAAAAGUACUCUAAUUUGACAAACGGUAGAUGGAAAUGUCUUUAAUGUACCCUGCGCCCAUAAUUUUGCUGCCACAGAUCUACGUAUCUUUCUCUUUCUGCCCAGAAAUUGCUGCAGAUUGGCAAAUAUGGCUUCUUAUUCAGCAUUCAAAUCUUUCAGUAGUUCAUGCUUUCAGAAGGCCGCCGCCUUUUUGGCAAAUUCAAUCUACCAAAUCUUCAGACGUUUUGUAAUAUGGAUUGUUUCGGCGGGCUCUGUUCCGAAUCAUGUCGCGAUCAUAAUGGACGGCAAUAGGAGAUACGCAACCAAAAGAAAUGUGAAGAAAUUGAAGGGACAUGAAUUUGGGUAUAACAGCCUGAUGCAUACCCUGAGGGACUGUUAUGAAUUGGGGAUAAAGUAUGUGAGUGUUUAUGCUUUCAGUAUUGAAAAUUUCAGGCGGUCAAAGGAGGAAGUUGAGACGCUCAUGAAUUUGAUGCAGGAGAAACUGGAGCUGCUUAUUGAAAAGGGGAGCAUUGUUAACAAAUAUGGAAUUCGGGUGCAGAUUAUAGGGGAUUUGAGCCUUUUUCCCCAGCAUGUAAGAGAAGCUGCAGAAAGAGCCAUGGCUUUCUCCAGAAAUAAUGAUAGGGCUGUUCUAAAUAUCUGUGCCCCUUAUACUGGCACACAGGAGAUUGCCCAGGCUGUUGAAGGUGUUAUUAAAAAUGGGGAUUUAGCUGAAAAGGAGAUUAGGGCUGAGGAUAUUGAAAGGCAUUUGUAUACAUCGAAUUGCCCAGAGCCAGAGCUUUUGAUUAGGACUUCUGGGGAGACCAGGCUUAGCAAUUUUUUCCUCUGGCAGACUUCCUUUUCUUUGCUCUAUGCUACUCCAACUCUCUGGCCUGAGUUUACCUUCAGGCACCUCAUCAGGGCUAUUUUGGAGUAUCAGAGAGCUUACCCAUUUCUGCAGAAGCAAAAAGAUCAACAGCAAAAGCUUGUUUCUCAUCAGCACCAUGACUAAUUGCAUUAGUCAUAGUUUUGAAUUAAAUGCUUUUGCAACCAGAUCUGGUAGUUUAUGUUGUUGAAAACUUGCACAGUCGUAUUCAAUAAUUUUUCUUUCGAAGUUUA